AUGUCUGACCAAGUUAAUAAAGUUGCUGAAAAAGUCAAGCAAAAAGUGCCAACUACAAGCAAAAAGUUUGACUCUAAGGCUUUGCACCACAUCAACCAAUACUCGCUUGUACAAUAUUUGCAACACUUGACCUUGUCCUUUAGUCUCUUUAAGGCCAUUUACGAACAAUUUGUCUUGCCACUUUACAGCUUUAUUACUGUGAAUUUGUUAUCCAUUUCACCAAUCUAUGAUGUUGCAACAUUUGCCGACUCAUUGACCAAUGCCUCAUUAUCAAUCUUUGACAAGUAUGCUAUUGACUUGCCAUUGCAAACGUCAAACACUAUAGAAAAACAAUACAUUAAGCCAGUCAAUAAAAGAAUUAUUGAGGUUAACAACAAGUACUUGACUCCAUUAAAGGAGGAAGGCGAAGAUGGUGUCUUCCAAAUCUACUACACUGUCAAGUCAAUUCUUUACAAUUUGACUUCGUCUGCAUUUUCCAAGUCGACUGAGAUUCAAAAGAAUAUUGUUGAUACAUAUAACCAAGAGUUGAAGAGCACCCCACCACAACAAAAUGUGAUUGGUAAGAAUAUCCAAGCUACUUACUCCACUAGCAUCAAGACAAUCAAGACGUUGAAUGAUGACUACUUGACCCCAUUGAAGAAUCAAACCCACGAGAUUGUUGCUAAUGGCCAGAAGAAGGCUGAAAGCUUGAUCAACAAUACAAAGGAGAAGUACGUUGAGCCCAAAUUGAAUGAGUUGAACCAAAAGAAGGAUGACUUGUUGAAUGGAAAUGCACCAGCUGUCUCUGCAAGUGCCUAG